AUGAUGAAUAUCGAUUUAAAUAAUUUACCCGAUGAAGUUCUUUUCUACUCAAACGAUCAAUUUUACAAGUUUAUUGAAGACUGUUUAGGUGUUGAUGAAAUGAAGUUAUUGAAAUUACAAUCAAUUAAAAACAUUAGAACGCUGUUAAAUGUACCAGAUGUUUUUGCUAUAUUUAGUAUUAAUUGUAAAGAACUUGCUGAUCUUAAAAAUAACAUUUGUUUCAUCGAUGAUGAUAAUGAUAAGAAUGCUAUUGUUAAAUCAGGAAUCAAAGCUGGUAUUGAUUAUUUAAUAACAAUACUUAAAGAGAAGAACAACAAGUACAUUAAACGAAAAAAAAACUCCAAACCAUCACCAUCACUAUUAUCUUCUACAACAAAUCGUUCUAAUUCAAAUACACCUUUGUCAAAUACAUCUGUUUCGGAUUUCAUCGAUUCAUCAUUAACAUCAACACCAACAGCAACACCUAAUUUAAUGCCAAUUAAUGAUUACAUUGAUUUGAUUUCCAAUAGCAUCGAAAAAUUUUCUAUCAAUACUUUUAAAAACGUUAUUUUAAACAACAACGAUGAUUAUGUUAUAUGUUUAACGUUGUUACAUACGAACAUAAAUGGACACAUAAAAUGUGGUUGUAAAACAACAAUUAAACUUUGUUUUCGUCCAAAUAGAAAUUCAUUUCAAUUAUCUUCUUAUUUCAAACACUUAAAGGCUAUGGCUAGUAUGGAACAAGAACUAUUACCAUUUCUUGAAAACCUCUCAUCCUAUUCUGAUGAUGUUUUCUAUACAUUUGUCAAAGAAUUUGUUGGUGUUAUAGAAGGUGAAAUCUUAGAAACACAACGUAUAAAAAAUGUUCGAAUUUUAUUACAAGUACCUGAUGUCUUUUCAUUUUUGCAAAUAAAUUCCACAGACAUAUUGAAAUUAAAAGAACGAGCUUGUUUUGUUACGGAUGAUUUACAGUAUAUUGUACGACCAGGAUUUAAAUCUAAUAUCGAGCAAUUUAUUAAAACAUUGAGAAAAUAUUAUGAAUCAACAUCAGCUAAUGUCAAUUUCGUUUCAUCUCAAACAACAUCCAAUGUAUUUAAAGAAACAGGUCAUUGUAUGUGUGAUUUAAUGGAUAUUUAUAAAGAAAAUCAAUCUAAAUCAUUUAUUAAUAUUUUUGUUAAUAAUCUGUUGAAUAAUAUGAAACGAUCUAGUAAUAAUUACCAAUUUGAUCCUAUUGUUAAUAAAUUUGCAUCAGUUCUCAACAUAUUAGCUGGAAAUAAUGCCUAUGAAUUCAUUCGCCUUAAUUUACCAGGAUCUCUACCUUCUACUACAACAUUAAAAGCUUAUAAUCAAGAUAUUAAUUUGCAAUUAAAAGAAUCUGACUUUCGAUUUAAUUCUCUCAAAGAUUAUUUAGAAUUAAUUGAUUCAAAUCAUGUAUUUGUAUCCGAAGACUCAACUGGAGUUGUUAGUUCAGUAUCAUACGAUAGUAAAAACAAUGGUUUUGUUGGAUUUUCUCCUCGAUUAGUUAAUGGUGUACCUUUGGUCGAUCAAUUUCAAACCAAUAGUUACACCGAAUUACAAAAAUGGUUUGAAGAAUUUGAUAAAUCUUCGUUAAUCACUGUGAAUUUAAUCGAACCUAUAUUAAAAAAUCUUUCAUCACUAGUUCAUUCACGACCGUUUAUUAUUUCUUCUUAUGGAACAAAUAACAAAUAUACUGCUGUAGAUGUUCUUAGGAAAUGGAUGUUUAUGUAUAAUGAAUGUAAAAAAAAGAAUAUCAAUAUCGUUGGUUUUUCAGCUGAUGCUGAACCGCGCAACUUAAAAGCUAUGCAGUUAUCGUUAGGAUUUUUCGCUAAAACACCAAAUAUCGAUUUAUUAAGUGGAAAUAAUACUUUACUUAAAAUUAAUAUUGAAUCACCUUGGAAUUUCUUUUUUAUCAGACUAGUUCAACCAUAUCUUUGUAUGCAAGAUGGCAUACAUCUUGUGACAAAAAUUCGAAAUCGUUUAUUAUCUGAAACAGCAUCUAUGUCCAUUAAUAAUCAAGAAAUUGAUGUUAACCAUUUAUUUUAUAUAAUUCAGAAUUAUCCGAAAAUUGAUCAUAAUCUCGUGCACUCAGAUGUUUUUCCUCAUGAUAGACAAAAUUAUUCUUCUUGUUUGAAAAUAACAUCUGAUGACGUUUUAAAUCUAUUAAAACAUAUAAAUGCUUCAGCUACUUAUGUAUAUUUAUAUUUAUUAAAAUUAAUAAUUCUUACUUAUGUAAAAGCUGAUACUGAUAUCCUUGCACGUUUAUACUAUGGUUGGAUAGUCACUUUCUCAUAUCGAAUGUGGUGGAGUAGUCUUCAGAUUAAACGAAAUUUUUCUCAAAAGGAAAAAGACAAUUGUUUUAUAACAAGAGCUGCUUGGUUAUCGUCGGAAUUAAACGUACAUUGUUUAACAGCCAUAAUAAUAUUAGUAUCUGAAGGACGUUUACCAUCUUAUGCAAUUAAUACACAUCUUUUUAGUAGUCAACCUUGUGAAGCGACAUUCCGCAGUGCUCGGUCUUUGACUGGCACUCUUUCAUCCAUAACAAAUUUCUCCGUAUUCGAAUUUUUACAAAAAAUUGGAAAAAUUUCUAUUUUAAAUCAAAUAAAAUCUACAGAAGAGACUAAUGAUGCUGCACAUUCAUUAAAGUUUCCUAUUCAUCACAAAAAUCGACAUAGAGAAACAACAAUGUCUAUAAAUACUCCAAUUACAUCAACAAUAACAACUUAUGAUAUAGAAAAGAUAAUUGUUAAAGCUUAUGCUGAAGCACAAGCUAUUAUGGAUAGUUUACAAUUAACAAAAACACUUAGGGAAAAUAAUUUAAAUGAUUUUAAAAAACUUAAUGAAUUUGUUUUUCAACAACUUGAUGGAAAAUCGACAAUAGAUUAUUCAUAUUUCAAUGAAGAAGAUCUUCAUGAUAGUGCAGAUAAUGAUAUUAAUAGUAAUAGUGAAAUUGCUGUUGAUCUUUCCGAAACAAAUUUGGAAACGAAUGAAUGUUGUUCCGAUGAAGAUGAAGCAAAUGAUUAUCAUCUGACAAGUUCGAAAGAGACAUUCGAGGGAAUGAGAGUUUAUGAUCAAAUUGAUCCAUCAAAAAAAUCUCAUUAUUUUCAAAUUAUCAUUAAUUAUAAACAAAAAUUUAUUCAUAAACAAACAGCAGCACGAUUAUUAUCUAUAAAUAAAAACUGUUUAUCAUCAGAUAGACGAACACGAGUUCAGCAGACAAGUAAACAACGUUAA